UCAGUCCAGCUCUGCUGUACAGGGUGCAGGGCAGAGAGAGAGCCAAUCACCGGAACGCACAGGCUCCCUUUAAGCCUGACAUAUCUCCAGCAGGAACAAAUUGUCCCGACAAUCAACAUCCAAAAUCUGCAGCGGAGACAGCGGACAUAUAAAAUAGUGCGGGGCAGGCCCGUGUGCUAACGCGGAAGGAUCGCAUCGCGGCAACGACAACAACGUCCAGAAAAAAAAAGACAAAUAAACAUCAGCUUUUGGAUUCUCCGAGCAGGGUGGAGCGAUGUCUAUUUUACCGUCUUUCGGCUUCACGCAGGAGCAAGUGGCGUGCGUGUGCGAGGUGCUGCAGCAGGGCGGGAACCUGGAGAGACUCGGCCGCUUCUUGUGGUCCCUGCCCGCCUGCGACCACCUCCACAAGAACGAGAGCGUCCUCAAGGCGAAGGCGGUGGUGGCUUUCCACCGGGGCAACUUCCGGGAGCUCUACAAGAUCCUGGAGAGCCACCAGUUCUCGCCGCACAACCACCCCAAGCUGCAGCAGCUGUGGCUCAAGGCGCACUACGUGGAGGCGGAGAAGCUGCGCGGUCGGCCGCUCGGCGCCGUGGGGAAGUACCGCGUCAGGAGGAAAUUCCCGCUGCCGCGCACCAUCUGGGACGGCGAGGAGACCAGCUACUGCUUCAAGGAGAAGUCCCGGGGGGUCCUGAGAGAAUGGUACACGCACAACCCUUACCCGUCCCCGCGGGAGAAGAGGGAGCUGGCCGAGGCCACCGGACUGACCACCACGCAGGUCAGCAACUGGUUCAAAAACAGGCGGCAGAGGGACAGAGCCGCCGAGGCCAAAGAAAGAGAAAACAGUGAAAACAGCAACGCAGGCGGCAACAAACAGAACCAGCUGUCCCCGCUGGAUGGAGGCAAGUCUCUAAUGUCCAGCUCGGAGGACGAGUUUUCUCCCCCUCAAAGCCCCGACCAGAACUCAGCGCUUUUGCUUCAGGGCACCAUGGGCCACCCUGGGGUCUCUGCGUACGCCAUGCCCGGCCUGGGAGCCCCACAGUCGGUGCACGGCAUGCACGGACACCCGCACCAGCUGCAGGACUCCUUAUUGGGACCCCUAACCUCCAGUCUUGUGGAUUUGGGCUCUUAAAAGGGGGGGCUGUUUUAUUUUACCACACAGAAGAGGACUGAUACAUGUAUCAGAUUGGUGUAUGAAAUAUUGUAGCCUAUAUAGACUGACUUUUCUGUCGUUAAAUUUGAUUAUAUGACACAAUUACUUUAUGCGCUUAAAUCUGGAUAUCACCUGACAAGAGGCUUUAUUAUCUCUAAAAAAACAACACACACAAACAAGACCUAAAACUCAUUGAAACACUUAGUGGAAUAUACAUCAUUUACUUAAUUUAUGGUAUUUUGUUUGAAAUAAUUAUGUCAGG